UGCUAAAAAUCUGAUUGUACAUAGUUUGUUUUUUGUUUACUAACUUUAUACUAAACGAAAAAAAGUUAUUUUUUAUAAAUUAUUUUUUUUUAAUGGAUAUAGAAUCAAGUAAAUUUAAAUGUGGAGAGAUAUUUUUAUCUAAAACUUCAACUUAUAUUUUUGUUUGCUGGUAUUGUAAAACAAACUUUGAUAAUUUCUUGUCGUUCCGAAAUCAUAAUGAAAUAUUCCACAAUGAGCUUAGGAAAAUAAACAAGGAUAUUCUAAUAGAUGUAAAAGAUGAACAUUUAUUAGAAACCCUAGAAGAAGGUAAAAUAUAUGAACAUGUUGAAAUCGAAAAAUAUGAGGUUAGUUCCGGGAAAAGUUCAGAUAGUUUGGAAGCGCCGAUUUGGCCAAAAGAAGAAUAUAUCACGGAAAACUAUGAAGACGAGAAUGACAGCGCAAUUUGCGAAAAUUCUUCAAUUCAAAAAACGUGUAUAAAUUUUGUACAUGAUGAAAAGAUCCUUGUAAAAAAUUUAAAUUUUAUUUCUCGAAUCUCAAAAGGAUCAAAUCAUGUUGAUUUAGAAGUGGAGGAUAAUGGAGACGAAGUAUUAGUAGAUCUUGGUGAUCAGAAAGAUAAAAUAUUGUUAAUAGAACGGUUUGAUAAUGGUGAAAAACUUUAUGAAAAGGAACAUAUAAAAACGAAUCAUGAAGACAAAAUAUCGUAUGAUGUUAUUUGCAAACAGUUGUACAAAACUUCUCAACAUCACAAUAGACAAAAAUGUACGGCGACUGAAAGCAUGACUAAAAAUCAUAACAAUAAUAGUGAUUUACUGCAAUGUGAGGAUUAUUUUUUGUGUAAAGAAUGUCCACGAUAUUUUGAUAAACUAGAAAAAUUAGCAUUCCAUAAACGUUCCCAUAAAGCGACCUGCCAAAUCUGUGAUAAAAAAUAUAUUAGUUUAGAGCGUCAUAUGAAAUCCGAACAUCCUGAAAGAAACUUUACCAACAUAAAGACUGAAAGAAAAAAUAGUAGUGAAAGCCUCCAAUGUGGAUUUUGUAACAAAAAAUUCAAACUCUUAGUUCAUUUACAUAAACAUGAACUAAAUCAUCAAAAUCUCAGGUGUUGUUAUUGUAUGAAAAGUUUUAAUGCUCCUAUACUAUUAAAAAAUCAUAUUCGAACACACACAGGAGAAAAGCCCUUUCAAUGUUCGGAAUGCCCAGCGGCGUUUGCAUUAAAAAGGAAUUUAACUACCCAUUUUAUUUAUAAACAUACUGAUGAUAAACCUUUCGAGUGCAGACAUGAAAGUGGUUGCGGAAAAACUUUCAAAACUGAACAAUUACGAAAUAACCACGAAAAACGACAUAGUCAGAAGGUAGAGUUUCAAUGUGAAAUAUGUGGGAUGGAUUUCAACGUUAAGGCUAAACUAAGAAUGCAUCACAAAAAGAAACACAUGGAUUACAGUCAACGGCCACAUCCUUGCAACUUUUGCGAUAAGAAAUUUGUUGAAAAGGAUCAAUUAAGAGAACAUGAACGCACUCAUACAGGAGAAAAGCCCCUUAAGUGCAAUUUAUGUUCAAGCAGUUUUGCAAAAAAAAGUUCUCUUCGAGAACAUAAAAAGUUACAUUCGGGUGAAAAAAAACAUGUUUGCAAGCUUUGUGGGAAAGCAUUUGCUCAAUUAGCUGGAUACUCAAACCAUAUGAAAAAUCAUCCCUGUAAAAUCAAAUUACAACAGAUUACGACAACUUCUUCAGUGGAUUUCAAAACUGUAACUUCAAAUACUUUCAAAUUAUUUUUUGGGAUUAAAGUGGCUAUUUUAAACAAAAUUGAUCUAGAAGCAUUUGAUAUAUCAAUAUAUCCUGCAGCUCGUUUUGUAGAGUCCAUUUUAAACUUGACAGCUUCGGUUUGUGGUAAAAAUUUUGACACUAUUGCAAAUUUAAUAAUGGAGGAAUUAAAAAAUUUUUUGCGUGAUGCUGCUGGAGAAGUAAUAAGUGAUAUAAAAACUGCAGCAAUUGAGAAAGCUAAUGAAUUUCUUGGAACUGCAGUCAACGAAGUUUUUCUAAAAAAAGAAUCUGAGCACAAAAAAGUUUUGCCGUGUGUUAGAAAUAUGAAAGUAUUAAACCUUGAGUCAUCGGGAUUUUCCCAACAAAAAUAUAAAAGUUCAAGAAGAUCCCGAGUCGAAAUUCAAGAUUAUGAAAGUUUAAAAAAUAAAUGUUUAGAUAAUGGGUCACUGUUUGAAGAUCCAUUAUUUCCAGCUUCUGAUGAAUCUCUACUUUUUUCUCGACGUUCUGAUAGGUACUUCGAGUGGUUAAGACCUCAUGAAAUUUCAAAUAGUCCGCAAUUUUUUGUUGAAGGAUAUUCUCGAUUUGACAUACAACAAGGAGAGCUUGGCGAUUGUUGGUUGUUAGCUGCAACAGCAAACUUAACCCAAGAUUCGAAUUUAUUUUUUAGGGUUGUACCACCAGAUCAAAGUUUCGAGGACAACUACGCUGGAAUUUUCCACUUUUGUUUUUGGCAAUACGGCAAAUGGGUUGAUGUUGUAAUAGAUGAUCGUUUGCCAACCUAUCGUGGGAAACUAAUGUAUAUGAAUUCGACAGAUAAAAACGAGUUCUGGAGUGCUUUGCUGGAAAAAGCUUACGCCAAAUUACAUGGAUCUUAUGAGGCAUUGAAGGGUGGUACUAUGAUAGAAGCAAUGGAAGAUUUAACUGGUGGAGUUGGGGAGAUGUACGAAACAAAAGAUGCUCCGUCAAAUCUGUUUGAUAUCAUGCUUAAGGCAUAUGAAAGGAAUUCUAUGAUGGGAUGCAGCUUGGAACCAGACCCACAUGUGUUUGAAGCUGAAACUGAGAAAGGGCUCAUACGUGGCCAUGCGUACUCUAUAACUAAGGUCUCUUUAAUGGACAUAGCAACACCAAACCGACGAGGUAAAAUACCCUUACUUCGUUUGCGUAAUCCAUGGGGGAAUGAGGCUGAAUGGAAUGGUGCGUGGAGUGAUCAUUCUCCUGAAUGGCGAUUUAUUCCUGAUAGUGAAAAAGAAAGGAUUGGUCUAAACUUUGAUAGAGAUGGAGAAUUUUGGAUGUCUUUCCACGAUUUCCUUAGUAAUUUUGAUCGCGUUGAAAUUUGUAAUAUGUCCCCAGAUUCUCUCUCAGAAGAACAAAGACACGAUGGUCGCCGUCGGUGGGAAAUGUCAGUUUUUGAAGGAGAAUGGACACCUGGUGUAACGGCAGGUGGCUGCCGAAAUUUUUUAGAUACGUUUUGGCACAACCCUCAGUAUGUUAUUCAUUUGGAAGAUCCUGAUGAAGAAGACGAUGAUGGUAAAUGUACGGUCAUCAUUGCCCUUAUGCAAAAAAAUCGCCGUUCUAAAAGGCAUGUAGGAAUGGAUUGUUUAACAAUUGGAUUCGCUAUUUAUCAUUUGCAGUCACGGGAUUUAUUGAUUAAACCACAACCAUUAAGUUUCUUCAAAUACCGUGCGUCAGUUGCUAGAUCACAAUAUUUUAUCAAUACUAGAGAAGUAAGUGGGAGAUUCAAAUUACCUCCUGGACACUAUUUAAUUGUUCCAUCAACUUUUGACCCCAAUGAAGAAGGGGAGUUUUUAAUUCGUGUAUUUUCCGAACACAAAAAUAAUAUGAAAGAAAAUGACGAAAAUGUUAAUUAUGGAAACGAUAUCGACAAUAAUAUUCCAACUAUUAUUCCGCGCGCUCCAACACCUACAAUUCAUGAUCCUCAGCGAGAUGCUUUAGAACGAUUAUUUCGAAAUAUUGCUGGUCCAGAUAUGGAAGUAGGAUGGAAGGAAUUGAAACAAAUUUUAAAUUACUCUAUGAAAGAUGCAGAAUUUUCGAAAGACAUAUGCCGAUCUAUGGUUGCGAUGAUGGACGCCGAUGCAUCUGGUAAAUUAGGAUUUGAGGAAUUCCAAACAUUACUUACAGAUAUUGCAAAAUGGAAAGCGGUAUUUAAAUUAUAUGAUCGCGAUGGUGAAGGCAGUAUAGAUGAAUUUGAGCUUAGAACUGCUUUAAAAUCAGCUGGAUACAACUUAAAUAACCGCGUAUUAAAUGUACUGGCACAUCGUUAUGGAUCAGAGAAUGGUAAAAUUGCCUUUGAUGAUUUCAUUCUUUGUGCUUUUCGACAACCACCCGCUGUCACACCAGGAGUCCACUCGCCUUCGAAAACUGACAUUUCCCAACGUCUUUUUCCAUCGUGUCUUUGCUCAUCUGUUAAAGAAUCUGGAGAUAAAUUACAAAUUUCAACUCGAUCAAAGUUGUUCACAAAAUCUUGGAAGGACAUCCAAAAUUCUCCAUCCCGAUCAAAAUUCAAACCAAUCUCAUUUUUCGUCGCUUCUGAAAUUAAUCUCCAUUCUGAAGAUUUAUCGCUCCAUGGUCCAUUCCAUUCUGCUUCAUUUCCCCAAGGAUUCCGCAGCCGAAUCAUUGGAAUUUUACCUACUCUGUUAGGAGUUGUUAUGUCUAUUAGUGCUACUUUAGUUAUAGAAUAUGCGUGGCCACGAAUAAGACCAGAUUCUGUUUCGGCUUCUAGUACAUUUGGAUCAGUGAAAAUGAACGAAGAGAACAACGUAUUCCAAAAAUGUGGUGAGAUAUAUUUAGCAAACAACACAAGUUAUUCGUUUCUAUGUACUUAUUGUAAUAUACUAUUUUACGAAUUGGCUGAAUUUCAAACGCAUAGUUUGGUUCAUUUAGACAAAUCUGAAUGGGGUUCUGCUAAUAGAGAUGAGUUAGACACUGUAGAAUCUAAACUCGAAAAAUUAGAGGCAUUUAAUGCCGAGGCGUUAGUGAAAAAUCAUGCUGAGGAUAAAGUUUUAAUGAAUACAAAUCCGAAAUCAAGGAAAAUACAAGAAAAUUUAAGUGAUAAUAAAAAGACGUUUGAUAUUCAUAAGCAUAUUUCUGAAGACUCACUGGAAUUUGACGAAAAUUUGGACAAGCUGAUUUCAGAAAAGAAGGCUAAAGAGUGUUUUCACUGUAAAAAAGAAUUUAAGGCAGAUUUGCAUGACGUAGAGAAAUGCCUCCGCAUUCGAGAAACUAUUGAUAAAAACAAUGGAGACUUUAUUAAAUUGUUGCGAGAAGGUAUACUUUGCUGUUGCAGUUGUAAAGAAUACUUUGAAGAUCACAAAAAAUUGUAUAAGCAUCACAUAAUUUCCAAUCAUUGCUCUAGCAACAAUCAAUGCAAAAUAUGCAAGUUUUAUUCUUUCAUGAACACAAAAAUCAACUCAACAAAACAAAGGUCUAAUGCCACAGUGUUAAAUAAUGUUUUUGGAACAAUAAAAGAGGAAUUUCCUUUUAAGUGUUGUAUGUGUGAAAGAGUAUUUAGGACCAAAUCCCAAAAAAUAAUUCACAUGAGAAUUCAUAAUAAUGAAAGACCUUAUAAAUGUGAAUUAUGUUCAGCAGCAUUUACAGUUUCAACUAAUUUGAAAAACCAUAUAAUAUACAAGCAUACCGAUGAUAGACCGUUUGCUUGUAAAUAUGAAGGCUGUAACGCAAAAUUUAAGCUUCUUGAUCUUAAAAAACAACAUGAAAAGAGACAUCUUCCAGCUAAUUUUCAAUGCGAAAUGUGCGGGAAUUAUUAUAAAACCAAAUUCAAUUUGCGAAAACAUCAGCAAAGCAGACAUGUCGAUGCAAAAUAUUGGCCAUAUCAGUGUGAUGUUUGCAGCAAAAGAUUUGUAUGGCCGGAACACUUGGUUGAUCACAAAAGAAUUCACACUGGAGAGAAGCCUUUUGGUUGUGAUUUGUGUCCAAAAUUUUUUAGGAGAAGAAAUGCGUUGAGAGAACAUAAAAGAUUGCAUAGUGACGUUAAAAAGUAUGUAUGCCGCUUUUGUGGAAAAGGUUUUAAACAGCGGGCUGGUUAUUGGGGUCAUAUGAAACGACACCCGGUCUUGAGCUGAAUUUUUUAUUGUUUAAGUUGUUGUUGAAGUUUUUUGUUGAUUUGAAUUUUUUAUAUUUAUUAAACCGAACUGAAAAUUUUCUGGUUUCAAGCAAGUGAAAUAGAAAUAACAUAUAAAUACGGUUUUAUAUGGAAAGCAUAAAAAAAUUUGAAAACUGAAUGUAGUGCAAAAGAAUCAUUUUAAUAACUUCGAAAAAGAAUAAAAAAAUG